AUGGACGCGGUGUUGCUAGAGCACUUCCCUGGGGGCCUGGACGCCUUCCCGUCUCCUUACUUUGACGAGGAGGACUUCUUCACCGACCAGUCCUCUCGGGACCCUCUGGAGGAUGGCGAUGAACUGCUGGCGGACGAGCAGGCCGAGGUGGAGUUCCUCAGCCACCAGCUGCACGAGUACUGCUACCGCGACGGGGCGUGCCUGUUGCUGCAGCCCGCGCCCUCGGCGGCGCCGCACGCGCUCGCCCCGCCGCCCUCGGGGGGCCCCGGCGAGCCGGAGGACGGCGGCGGCGGCUACUGCUGCGAGGCGGGGGCGCCCCCCCGCGGCUUCCCCUACUCGCCCGGCUCUCCGCCCUCGUGCCUGGCCUACCCGUGCGCCGGGGCGGCCGUGCUGUCCCCGGAGGCCCGGCUGCGCGGCCUGAGCGGGGCGGCGGCGGCGGCGGCGCGGCGGCGGCGGCGGGUGCGCUCCGAGGCCGAGCUGCAGCAGCUGCGCCAGGCGGCCAACGUGCGCGAGCGGCGGCGCAUGCAGUCCAUCAACGACGCCUUCGAGGGGCUGCGCUCGCACAUCCCCACGCUGCCCUACGAGAAGCGCCUCUCCAAGGUGGACACGCUGCGCCUGGCCAUCGGCUACAUCAACUUCCUCAGCGAGCUCGUGCAGGCCGACCUGCCCUUGCGCGGCGGCGGCGCGGGCGGCGGCGGGGGGCCGGGCGGCGGCGGGCGCCUGGGCGGGGACAGCCCGGGCAGCCAGGCCCAGAAGGUCAUCAUCUGCCAUCGGGGCACCCGGUCCCCCUCCCCCAGCGACCCGGAUUACGGCCUCCCUCCUCUUGCAGGACACUCUCUCUCUUGGACUGAUGAAAAACAACUCAAGGAACAAAAUAUUAUCCGAACAGCCAAAGUGUGGACCCCAGAGGACCCCAGAAAACUCAACAGCAAAUCUUCCUUCAACAACAUAGAAAACGAACCGCCCUUUGAGUUUCUGUCCUGAGAAGCCCAGACCCGCCCAAGGAUCUGAUUGUGUCUGUGCAUAUUGUACAUGUAAAUAUCUAUAAUGUAAAUGUAACUUAAGAAUCGCAUUGUUCUA